AUGUCCUACUAUGACGUUGACUCUAUCCUGACAGACGCUCAAAAACUGCCCUGCACAUUUGAACUUGAGGUGCCCGGGCUUGGCAUCUUGGAGGGCAAUCCUGGAGAAAAUAUCAAGGCAGGGACUCGAAUUGAUCUUCCAUUAUGGCUGGGUGUGAUGUUAUCGAUUGGAGCACGUCUGGGGACUUCACGAUUAGUUACACUUGACCUUCCCUCAGCAUUAUCAGACCGGGUAGUGAAUGCGCUGAAAGCCGAUCCCCGAACCGUCGAUCUGCGCUCAUUGGCACCGCACUUUUACAGUCUGAGCGAGCGGGUGCUCGACCUCUUUGAGGAGGAAGAGAUGGUGGAUGUUCUGAUCAACACAUUCAAAAAGCGCGCAGCCGAAAUUGCUGACCACGCACAUAACCCCAAGGGUGCUCUAGGGGAGGGUGCUGAUUUUCUUCGAGGGCUGGAUGAGACGGAGAGGCAAUUGUUCCGCGUGGCCCACGAUAGCGCAAGGGAGACACGAAUCUGGGCAGGGGAGGCCAAAAAGAGAUGA